AUGCGACUCCCUCCGCACCUCGCACCUCCUUGUCCAUUCCGUACGAAGAACGGCAGCAGCAGCGCCAGGUGGAUGGGGUCCCUGCAGUCCCCGCUCUUCCAGUCCACUUCAUUUUUAGGCGUAUUCGCCCAGAAGCUACUAGCAGCACAGCAGUGCCUGAGAAUCUCUGCUCUGCUGCUCUCUGCUGCAGCCGCAGACCGUGGAGCUUUUCCCCACUCUCUCCCCAGUCGGCAGCUUGUCCGUGUCGUCCGCCCCUCGUUCUCCCCGUGCCUCUUCGUCUUCCCCAUGGGUUCCGACGGGUGCUUCAAGAGCGAUGUGGUGGUGGGGGUUGCGUGUAUGGGGUUGAGCGAGAAGGGGAAGGGGGAGGGUGGUGUGAGGAGUGGUGUGGAGGAGGGGGGCUGGGCCAAGUGGCCUGUGAACGGAGCGGAAGGGGUGGAGAACGGUGCUGCAGCAGUGAAGAAUGGUUUCGUUCAUCCCUACGAGUGUACCAAUCCCUCCAGUGCUGUUACUGGAUGCGCUUAUAACGAGCCUAAGGUGCAACCUGUGACUGCAGCACCCGGGUCCCACUGCUAUUCCGCCGUGCCGAGAAUGAACCCCUUAAAGCCCGGCAAGCCGGUGGCGUGUGUGCUGGGCAUCGGUACAGCGAAUCCGGACACGAUUCGGCCGCAGGGGCAGUUCGCCAAGGAGUACCUCUCACGCGUGGGGUGCCACCAUGCUGAGACUCAGGCCAAGUUCGAACGCAUCUGCUACCACACGGGCAUAGACAAGCGUCACAUGGUGCUACCAUGGGACACCAUCGCGGCCAAUCCCUGCCUCCAGGAGUUCGGCGCCCCCUCCCUCGCCAUGCGCCAGGAAAUUCUGCACACCGAAGGCGUCAAGCUCGCCGCUGCCGCCUGCGAGCGCGCCCUUGCCGAGUGGGGCGGGGACAGAGCAGGCGUAGGGGGGGUGGGGGGAGCCGGCGGGGAAGGAAGCGGGGCAGGGGGGAUAACGCAUCUGGUGGUGGUGACGGUGAGCGGGGUGCACCUGCCAGGGCUGGACGUGCAGCUGGUGGAGGCCCUGGGGCUGCGCCGCUCCACCCAGCGCGUGCUGCUGCAGAUGCUCGGGUGCUACGCGGGGGUGACAGCGCUGCGCAUCGCCAAGGACCUUGCUGAGAAUAAUGCUGAUGAGGGCGCGAGGGUGCUGCUCGUGUGCUCCGAACUCAACAGUCUCAUCUUCCAGGCACCGCACGAGUCUCUCCCAGACAGUCUGGUGUGUGCCGCCAUUUUUGGUGACGGGGCAGCUGCCAUGGUCGUGGGCGCCAACCCCCGCACCCACGCCUCCCACGCCAUACACGCAGCACCUGCUGCACCCGCCCUGCAAGAAGCCACCACCUCGCCACAGCAGCAGCAGCAACAGCAAGGAUCCCCACCGCCCUCCCCCAGCCCACCUGCUGGGCUUUCCCCUGAGAAGCCCAUCUUCGAGAUCGUCCGUGUGGCGGAGUUUUUUCUGCCCGAGACAACGCGGCACAUUGCGGGGGAUCUGACCGAAGCGGGGCUGCUGGUGCACCUGCGGAGGGAGGUGCCGCUGCUGCUGCCCGGGCCGGUGAAAGAUUUCAGUGCUGCCCUGCUGGGGCAGGCCGGCGUGGGGUUUGCUGAGAGCUUUUGGGCGGUUCACCCGGGCGGGCGGGCGAUUUUGGACGCGAUUCAGCGGAAUUUGGGUUUGAAGAAGCAUGCGCUGAAGGCGAGCAGGUUGGUGUGGCGUGCUUUUCCUGGUGAAGCUUCAGUCUCGCUUAUGUCGUCCUCUGCAACCCCGUCGUUCGCGGAAGCACCGUCGCCAUACGAGCUGUCGAGCCUCGAGGCGGCUCUUGAACAGCAGCCGGCCAUUCUGGUUGUCGUCGCGUCCGCGCUCGUGUUGGUCUACCUCGUCGCAGGAGAGUUGGGCCGUUCCCGAGGGUGGUAG